GGCACUCAAUAUAUCAUUUCAGCCAAAGCGUCCGUAUCAGGAUUCACGCGGAAGAAUGCUCCCACUUACCCGGCCCUUUCAAAUCCCCGCCAUAUCAAAGCUAGCAGCCUCCUCCAUUUCUCCACUCCUGCACCGAUCUUUCGCGCAGUCCUUUUCCACCUCUACCACUUCUCGUUGUGCUUCUUCGAGCUCAGAAGGGGACGCCGCCCCCGCCACCGAGUCCGCCGACCAUGCAAACUCCUCGAAAAAGGGAUCCUUGAAAUCUGGAUUAUAUCUAGUGGCAACACCUAUUGGUAAUCUUGAGGAUAUCACAUUACGUGCAUUGCGCAUCCUUAAAUCUGCAGAUGUGAUACUCUCCGAAGAUACAAGACACUCUUGGAAGUUACUUCAGCACUACAAUAUUGAUACUCCUCUUUUAAGUUACCACAAAUUCAAUGAAUCUCAACGUGAAAUGACAACUUUAAGCAGACUCCGGGAUGGACAAGCCGUUGCAUUAAUUAGUGAUGCUGGGACUCCAGUUAUCAGUGAUCCUGGCUUGGAACUUGUAAAGUUAUGCACUCGUGAGAACAUUGCUGUUAUUCCUAUACCUGGGCCAUCAGCACUGGUUACUGCUCUUUCUACUUGUGGACUUCCAACUAACGAAUUCACAUUUGUUGGAUUUCUACCUAAGCACGCUGGAUCAAGAAGAUCAAGACUUCUGAAUGCUGCCAAUCAAGCGGUCACACAAAUAUUUUUUGUUCCUCCUCACAAGCUUUUGCAAUUCCUCACUGAAACUUCUUUGAUCUUUGGUGAAUCAAGGUCAUGUGUCAUUGCUAGGGAGAUGACAAAGCUCCAUGAAGAGGUAAUAUAACAUAAUUGCACUUAAUAUUAGAUUUUGUGGGUGUUUUUUUUGUCAUUUUUGGCUUUGCC